CAUGUGGUUCCAUCACAUGACAUUGUCGAUUGUGCUGUUUCUACCUGUCACCAUGAAAUUAUUGUUUAUCUUUCUGACUGGGUUGUAUUUGAUCGAUUUUAUCAUACUUUAUAUUUGCAGGCAGAGAAAAUUGGUCUGGAAUCCAUGGACGUAGAGGCUUUAAAAAAAUUGAACAAAAACAAGAAACUGGUUAAGAAGCUUGCUAAAAGAUAUCAUGCUUUCCUAGCCUCCGAAGCUGUUAUAAAGCAGAUUCCCCGUCUCUUAGGACCCGGUCUUAACAAGGCAGGCAAGUUCCCGACUCUUGUUUCUCACCAGGAAUCUCUUGAAUCAAAGGUCAACGAAACCAAGGCCACAGUGAAAUUCCAAUUGAAGAAGGUGCUUUGCAUGGGAGUUGCUGUAGGAAACUGCGCUAUGGAGGAGAAGCAGAUUUUUCAGAAUGUGCAAAUGAGUGUCAACUUUCUAGUUUCACUUUUGAAGAAAAACUGGCAGAAUGUGAGGUGCUUGUACCUAAAAAGUACAAUGGGGAAGCCUCAGCGCAUCUUUUAAGGAGAUUAUGUUUUGUUUUCUGUUCAACCGAUUUUAGAGAUAGUUUUGGAGCUAAAGCAAUGGAGUUUCCCCUGUAAUAGCAAGUUUUUAUUUAUCUUUGGUCUUGAUGGUGCGUUCAGACAUCAUAUUUAUUGUUUUAUUUUGUUAUUUUUCUACUGCGAUGGGAUUGAUUUUUGCUUGCUGUACCGACGUUUCUAUAAUGAAUAGCCAGUUUAUCAUUGCUGUAUUA